UCAAAUUGCAUUGCCAUUUGAAUUGUGCUACAUAUAUGCUUCCAUAUGUUACGUACUUUUCUUGGAAUUGGUUCCGAUCGCAGAUUGAAUAACAUGUUAGAAUAAGAGUGUUCACCUUUUUGCAUCGAAAUGGAAGAAAUUAGCAUUUGCUUGAAUGUCUGGUCUUCAACUUAUUAAAAACACAACACAACACUUCCAGAGAAGACACAUUCAACAUAUUGACCUAGAAACGUAGAAGGUACCUUGAAGCAGCCUAGUGUCGCGUGGUGAGGACUGAAUGGGUUGAAUUCAUAUAAAAUGCAUGUGCUGGGGUAGCAUGCUGGCUUCAAAAAGUUGCAUACUGAUUAGGACGUCCUUAUUGUGUGUGUGUGUGUGUGUGUGUGUGUGUGUGUGUGUGUGUGUGUGUGUGUGUGUGUGUGUGUGUGCGUGCGUGCGUGCGUGUGUGUGUGGGUGUUUCAUAAAAAUGAACAAUUAUAUUGUCAGACUGAUUUAAUAAAUGCCAGUAGAAACAUGUUGUUGCAAGUUGCCGUUAUUAUACUGUUGAUUAACCUUUCAAUAUUUCAAAUAUUUGCAAUUUGAAAUAACUUUCUUGCUAACGUGUGGCAGGGCUUCAAUCAAAUGCAGUUCUCGUCAUAUUUGGUUUGAAUAUUCUAUUUUCUAAAGCAACGUUUACAUUAAGUGUUUAACACAUGAGGCACUUCAAUAAAAUAUAAUAAUGUAUAUCAUUAAAGACACAGUAAUUGUUACCUGAUAAAGAAUCAACUUGAUGUAACGUUGAUCAGUAUGGACUAUCAUGUGUCAAGAUUUAAAUGGAACAUGAACAAACAUUUCAAAUGAAAAGGGCCAGGUUUCGCCUGCUGUGUUAUUUGUGUGCUCAUGGUGUCACUGUGCACCAAUGAAACCAAUCACUUUCUGACAUCAACCAGCAAAGUGGGACUACGACGUGUUAUCAGUACAACAGAAUGUAGUAUAUUGCAGAGGCAACCGCGUCGUGUUUGCUCUUUGGCUUAUGGAAAUAUACCUUGUACGUUUUGAUAUUAUAUUUUUUACGGAAAAGGGACGUUUUACGAUGGGAAUUAACGCUUUCCUGAAAAUGUCUUUCAAGGGGUUCAUUGUUCCCUGGUUUGUCCUUUUCUGCGCGUUUCUGCAAUACACAAAUGGCGACUUGGUUUAUUCUGUUCAGGAGGAGAUUAAACUGGGAUCUGUUAUUGGAAAUAUAGCGAAGGAUCUUGGUCUUGAUGUUGGCAGGCUGUCGACUCGCAAAGCUCGUAUUGAAACCGAAGGAAACGACAAAAGAUGCUGCGAUGUAAAUCUACGGAGCGGAGAUUUGGUUGUGGCGGAGAGAAUGGACAGAGAGAAAAUAUGCGCGGCGAAGCCUUUGUGUGUAAUUAAAUUUGAGCUUCUUUUGGAAGCUCCGUUGGAAUUGCAUCGUAUAACACUGCAGAUCCAAGACGUGAACGACAACGGACCCACAUUUCCAAAGGAAAAAAUCAAACUGGAUAUUAGAGAAUCGGCUGUAAAAGGAGCGAGGUAUCGUGUAAAUGCGGCCCACGAUGCAGACAUAGGCCAGAACGCUGUUCAAAGCUAUGUUCUUCAACCAAAUAGCAAUUUCAUCUUGAAUAUUCAAACAACAAGUUCUGGUAUUAAAUAUGGCGAACUGGUUUUGGACAAGGAGUUAGACAGAGAGGAACAGAAGGAAAUGCAAUUAUUGUUAACGGCCCUGGACGGUGGUUCUCCUCAGAGAUCAGGUAUUAUAACCAUAGAUGUCACUGUGUUGGAUGCUAAUGAUAACGCCCCAGUGUUUAAUCAGGCCGUGUAUGAGGCCAGUCUGCCUGAAAAUUCUCCGUUGAAAACCCACGUGAUCACUGUUAGCGCUACUGACGCAGACGAGGGCGUAAACGGAGAAGUAACAUAUGAAUUUAGUCAGAUAUCUGAUGAUUCACGGAAAUUAUUCUCACUUGAUCAUUCAACGGGGGAGAUUACUGUAAUAGGUGACGUUGACUUUGAGGAAGAAAACAAAUAUGAAAUGUUUGUGGAGGCCAAAGAUGGAUAUGGCCUUUCUUCAGAUGCAAAAGUUAUCAUAAGUCUAACCGAUGCUAAUGACAACGCCCCAUUUAUCACUUUAAAGUCGUUAACCAAUCCCGUACCGGAGAAUGUGUCACCUGGUACAGAAGUAGGCAUUAUUAACGUACAAGAUAGGGACUCUGAACAAAACCGACAGGUCUACUGCUUUAUUCAGCAAAAUGUCCCAUUUAAACUUAUUCCUUCCAUCAAAAACUAUUACUCGUUGGUGACCACAGAAAAACUAGAUCGUGAAUUGAUUCCUGAUUAUAACAUCACAGUUACUGCCAGAGACGAGGGCUCUCCACCUCUCUCAUCCAUCAAAACGAUCCAAGUCGCUAUAGCGGACGUCAAUGACAACCCGCCUGUGUUUGAUGAACGGUCAUACAGCACAUAUGUGUCUGAGAACGUCAAAUCUGGUCACAUUUUAUGUUCAGUUUCUGCAAGAGACCCAGACUGGAGACAAAAUGGCACAGUAAUUUAUUCUAUUUUACCAAGUGCAGCUGAUGGUGCUCAGGCGUCAUCUUUUCUGUCUAUUAAUGGAGAAAAUGGGGACAUUCAAUCUUUGCGCUCUUUUGAUUAUGAACAAUUUAGGAGCUUCAAAGUAUAUGUAUUGGCAAGAGACAACGGCUCUCCUCCGCUCAGCAGCAACGUGACUGUGAGUGUCUUCAUAACUGAUGUAAACGACAACACUCCUCAGAUACUUUACCCCGCCCCAGAGGGAAACUCCUUCAUGACUGAACUGGUACCCAAAGCUGCACAAGGAGGUUCUCUGGUUUCCAAGGUGAUAGCAGUUGAUGGGGACUCUGGACAGAACGCCUGGCUGUCCUAUCAGAUCAUUAAGUCCACUGAUCCGGGACUUUUCAAAAUCGAUUUGCACAGUGGGGAGAUCAGGACGCAGAGAGACAUUUCUGAUUCCGACAACAUGAAACAGAACAUUGUAGUCGCUGUAAAGGAUAACGGACAGCCCUCCCUCUCUGCUACAUGUUCCAUGUUUUUACUGAUUUCUGAUAACUUGGCUGAAGUACCAGAGCUGAAGGACAUGGCUUAUGAAGACAGCAGUUCUAAAUUAACAUCUUAUCUGAUCAUCGCGCUGGUAUCUGUCUCCACCUUUUUCCUGACUUUCAUUAUUAUCAUUCUGGGAUUGAGGUUUUGUCGGAGAAGAAAGCCAAGACUGUUAUUUGAUGGAGCGGUUGCUAUUCCUAGCUCUUACCUCCCUCCAAACUACACAGAUGUGGACGGCACUGGAACUUUACGCAGCACAUAUAAUUAUGAUGCGUACUUAACCACUGGAUCUAGAACAAGUGACUUCAAAUUUGUUACGUCUUACAAUGACAACACACUGCCUGCAGACCAGACCCUGAGAAAAAAUCCAACAGACUUUGAAGAAGUGUUUGGAGACCUUGAUGUUUCUCCUGAGGUAGGCAUGUUGUACUAUUAUCGACUUUAUUAUUAACUAUGUAAUUGUUUC